AUGCAUCGCCUCGCCCGCCCAGCCUCCACCCUGCUCGGUAGCUCCGUGAGGAGUGGCCCCUGCGCGCUCGCCACUGAUGUACAAGGACUGUUCGACGAAAUGCCUCCGCCUCCUGCUCCACCAAAACUGCCAUGCCACACACUGUUUGGCCAUGCCUGCCAGAUGCUCAGCCGAACGCACACGUCAGGGUUUUGUACUGUGGCUCGGCAGUCCACGGAUGAGCACGCCAAUGCAGUGCCACUGCGAUUCACAGUCGCACCAAGCGACGCCAUUGGGGAUGGCCCGCCUGUGGGCAUGUCAGAGGCUGCUAAGAUGGUGUGUCGUAUUGUGUCCACGCAACCAGAACCAAGGAUUGCGUCGACGCUUGAUGCGCUUGGGGUGGCCAUGUCUCCAGAGCUGGUAGCUGAAGUGCUCAAGAACUUGAGCAAUGCUGGGAUGCUAGCACUUGCCUUCUUCCGCUGGGCAGAGAGGCAGGAGGGCUUCAGUUACACGGCUGAGGGCUUCCACAACCUGAUUGAGGCACUUGGCAAGAUCAAGCAGUUCAGGCUGGUGUGGAGCUUGGUGGAGACCAUGCGGUGCCGGGGCUUGCUGUCUAAGGACACAUUCAAGCUCAUCGUUCGAAGGUAUGCUCGGGCUAGAAAGGUCAAAGAUGCUGUUGAGACAUUCGAGAAGAUGAGCGUUUUUGGGCUUAAAACUGAGUUGUCGGAUUACAACUGGCUGAUUGACACGCUAAGCAAAUCCAAACAAGUGAAGAAGGCACAAGCCAUCUAUAAGGAGGUGAAGAGGAAGGGUAAGUUUGUACCUGAUUUGAAAACCUACACUGUCCUCAUGGAAGGAUGGGGCCAUGAGAAAGAUCUGUUGAUGGUGAAAACAAUGUACCAAGAAAUGAUUGAUGCUGGCAUUAGGCCUGAUGUUGUUGCCUACGGGAUGCUGAUUAGCGCCUUCUGCAAGUCUGGCAAAUGUGAUGAGGCCAUCAAGGUGUUCUACGAGAUGGAAGCAAGUGGUUGCAUGCCAAGUCCUCAUGUUUACUGCAUGCUUAUCAAUGGCCUUGGCUCAGAGGCGAGGCUUGAUGAAGCUUUGAAGUACUUUGAGCAUUAUAAGAAAAGUGGGUUCCCCAUGGAGGUGCCUACGUGCAAUGCGGUUGUUGGAGCUUACUGCAGAGCCUCAAAGUUUCAGCAUGCUUUCAAGAUGGUUGAGGAGAUGAGGAAGUGUAAAAUUGGCCCAAAUUCCCGUACUUAUGAUGUAAUUCUUCAUUAUCUGAUAAAAUCACAGAAAUUUGAGGAGGCUUAUAUAUUAUUCCAGAGAAUGGGAAUGGACGGCUGUGAGCCUCAGCUCAAUACAUAUACAAUGAUGGUUGGCAUGUUCUGUAGUAACGGAAGAGUUGAUAUGGCAUUGAAGGUGUGGAAGCAAAUGGGGGAGAGAGGUGUCCUCCCAUGUAUGCAUAUGUUUUCGGCAUUGAUCAAUGGGUUAUGCUUUGAGAACAGGCUCGAAGAAGCUUGUGUAUAUUUCCAGGAGAUGCUGGACAAAGGAAUUAGGCCACCUGGUCAGCUUUUCAGUAAUUUGAAGGAAGCUCUUGUUGAAGGAGGGAGAAUAAGUUUGGCACAAGAGAUGGCUUUGAAGUUGGACGCAAUAAGGAAACAACCUUUUCGUGGUUAA